AUGGACCAUCAAAAUCACCACGAUCACCACGCUCACCAUAUGGCACACAACAGUGAGCCACACAGCAUGAAAAUGGGCGAUGGCGAUAUGGACGAUAUGAACAUGACAAUGAUUAUGAAUAUGCCUAUGUUUUUUUUUUUUUCAUCAGAAGCGACUGUACUGUUUAAAGAUUGGAAAUUCACCUCAAUAGGCGGCUUAAUUGGUUCAAUGAUUGGUAUAUUCUUCAUGGCAGCACUGUAUGAAGGUCUAAAAUAUUAUAGGGAAUAUUUAUUUUGGAAAACCUACAACUCUUUACAGUAUAGGGCAGUAACAAUACCAGAUAAGAAUAUGCCGCAAGAGGAACCUCAUGUGGUGCAGCCAACAAUGAUGAGCAAAAUGCACUUUCUUCAGACAUUCUUACAUAUGAUACAAAUGGUUGUAUCUUACUUUCUCAUGUUGAUUUUCAUGACGUACAACACUUGGCUGUGUAUAGCUGUGGUAUUAGGAGCAGGCACGGGAUACUUCUUAUUCGGUUGGAAAAAAUCAGUGGUGGUUGACGUUACGGAACAUUGUCACUGA